UCCGCGAGCUCCGGGCAGCUGCCGCCGGGCCGGGCCGCGCCGCGCCGUGGGGCCGCCCUGCCGGGAUGGGCGGGACGCUGCCCGCGGCCCCUGCCGCGCCCCCAGCGCUGGGGCACUGGUGAAACUGGGGACCCGAACAGAGCAUAGAUGGGGCUCGCCAGGAACCUGGCCGGCUGCGGUGCCGCCCUCUCCCACCUGCUGCUGCUGCUCCACAUUGAGGUGCUGGUGCAUUCAGGGCUGGGGGAACCAGAUCCCAAGAUUAACGGGCAGUCACUGUUGGUGAGCACCAUGCAGGAGGAUGAGAGCCGGGACUUCACCUGCCAGGUGGACAGCUGGCAGGCCGUGCCCAUGCUCACCUGGUACCUGAAUGGCAAGAAGCAGGAGACCAAUGGUUCCACAGUGUUGACCACCUUGGCGGAGGCCUUUGAGCAGAGCUCCAGCACUUUCACAGUGACGGCGCAGCGCACAGACAGGGAACUGAACUGCUCACUGACAGACCCGGCCUCUGGCAAGACCUCCAACGCCUCGGUGCUCCUCAACGUGCAGUUUAAACCAGAGAUCAUGACGAUGAACGCCAAGUACCAGGAGGCCAAGGACCCGGGUCUCCUCAUGGUUCUCUUUGUCCUGGUGCGGGCCAACCCCCCAGCCAGCAUCACCUGGAUAGACCAGGAUGGGCAGGUGAUGGUGAAUACGUCUGACUUCCUCAUCCUGGACACCAAGAGCUACCCCUGGCUGACCAACCAUACCGUGCAGGUGCAGCUCAGCAGUGUGGCCAAGAACUUCUCUUUCACCGCAGCCAACAAUGUGGGCAUCACCAACUCCUCCAUCCUGCCGCCGGGUCUCCUGGAUACCCGUGUGGAGCUGCCCCUCCUGGCCAUCAUCGUUGGAGGAGCCUUGGCACUGGGGACUCUCGUCUGCCUCAACACCCUCAUCAUUUGUGUCGUCUGGAGGAAGGGGAAGAAGGCGUCAGGGCUCUCUGGACCUACACCGCCGCCUCCGAGCGAUUCCAACAACCUGAAGCUGAACAGCGUGCGACUGCCACGAGAGAACAUGUCCCUCCCAUCCAACCUGCAGCUCAAUGACCUCACACAGGAGGCCAAAGCCAGCCGUGGAGACGCAGGAAUCCAGACUGAGCGGAAGGACGAUGCCCUAUCAGAGCCAGAGAACAGCCUGGGCCUUGGUAAUAGAGGUUUCGGCCGGUUCCCGAUGGUUGGGAACAUUUACAAAGUGUCCAGCAUGAGCAGUGAUGAGAUAUGGCUGUGAAUGUGUAGGCAGGACACUCCUGUGGGGGUCCAGGGUCUCCCUCAGUCUCCUGGGAUGAGUCCACUGAUCCAUCAGCACUGCAGACCCAUCCAGGAGCUGCUGUUCUCCCCAGGAUCCCAGACUACAGCAGCCAGCUCAGAACAAGCUCUCCGUGUAACCACCACCAGAACUCCAGGUGAGAAAGUUCCUGUGCCGGCAGGUCUUCCACACCAUCCUACCCCAAGGAUCUCUGGGCUCUUCUGCUCUUGCACUUGAGUAGGUUAGCUAGUCUCACCUAAAACAGCAUGGAGUCUGAUUUUUAAGAACUCUCCAGUGUGCUGGGGGGCAGGUGGAGCACCAAGAGUGGGAAUCGC